CCAAAACGAAUAAUUUUAAAGAAUAAACGUUUACAUGUUCUUCUCGAAGCUCACCUAGUUUCUCGUUGACAAAAAAAAAAAAAUUAUGUACAAAAUUGCAAUCGACUCAAACUAAUCGACGAUGGCUCUUCCUCUCGGGAAGCUCACAAUAAUCAUUGGCGCAGGUCUUGUUGGAUCAGUUCUUGCAAAAGAAGGACGCAUUCCUGGUGUUGGUGAUUUGUUUUCUGGGGCCUCUAAGGUGCUCAAACUAAUUAAGCAUGAUGAGAAAACCGGUUCAAGUCCGAAACCACGCAAUGACUCGUUGAUGGCACAGGUUAACAGCCUAAGGCAGGAGCUUCAACUCUUAGCAUCAAAUAGACAUGUUACCAUUGUGACUUCUACUAAUUCAGGUUCCAAAAAAUAUGGGCUCAUUGUCAUUGUUGUCGUAGUAGGAUAUGGCUAUGCUUGGUGGAAGGGUUGGAAACUUCCUGAUAUGAUGUUUGCCACAAGGCGUAGCUUAUCUGAUGCAACGAAUGCCGUAGCUAAACAGCUGGAAAAUGUUUACUCUUCGCUCGCCGCUACCAAGAGGCAUUUAUCUUCAAGAAUCGAUCGUGUCGAUUGUAGUUUAGACGAGUUUGCCGAAAUCACUGCAUCAACAAAAGAGGAGGUUUCUUCUCUACGAGGAAAUACAGAAGGGAUUGCUUUAGACGUUCAAAAAGUACACCAUGCAGUUUAUACACUGGAGACCAAGUUGAAUAGGAUUGAAUUGAAACAAGAUGACACAAACCUAGGAGUCGCGAGGUUACUACGUACCGCAAUAACCUUGGAAAAUCAGGCAUCUGUGGGACACAUUCAGGCAAACGCGUCUAGUUCAUCAAGGCCAGCUCUUCCAUCCACACAACGGACUAUGUCUUUGCCUCCGGUUCUUAUAGAAGAGCAACAAUCAUCCCCACGUGUUUCGCCUGGGGGUAAAAGACCUUUGGGAAAUUCUGUCUCAGCCUCUGCCUCUGGCUUGAAGGCUCUUCAAGAAAAUCCAGAAGUGGUUGAAUCAGAAGGCACGAGUUUACCCUCUGGCGUAUUUGGGCGGACGUUCUCUAAUAUCGGUUCUGUUUUCUCGAAGAACCGCCCUUCUAACGGGCAGUGACGUUAUAUUAUCCUCAGAUGUGAACAUGACACAAGGGGAACAUAUAUUUUGAUAUUAAAAGGACCAUUUUUGCAUCUUGUAGAAUGAAGAAGGUAGAGGGUAAUGAAUUUUGUGACAAGUGAGAAUUAAUUAGGUUGUGUUUAUAUAAUAAUACAAGGUUUAUUUAGGGUUU